AUGGAGGCGCCGAGCAACAAGCCGCAGUGCACUGUAUUGUUAAUAUUAUUGUUGUGCCUUCAACUACAGGGAUCUCUGUCUGGAGACUGCCCUGCUGAUGGAAGGACUUGGGUUCCUUUCAAUGACCAAUGUUAUCAUUUUGUGCACGGAGAGGAAGAUGCCAUCAAAAGCUACACUUUAGAAAGAGCAACGACUCUUUGCAAGGGAUUUGAUCUUUUGACAAUCCAGAGCGCAGAGGAGAACAAUUUUGUUAUUAAUUAUAGCCCAGAGGUGUGGAAAGGCAACGUCAACGUGUGGCUGGGAAUGUAUUAUGACACAAACAGUGAAGACAUGAGGUGGCUGGGCCGUGACCCUGUGCAGUACACAAACUGGGAAUUCAGCUCGUCCCCCUCAGACCUCGUGCCCGUGGACACGUGCGUGGCCCUGCACACUGUGUCCGGGAGGUGGGAGAACAUCAGCUGUCAGGAUGAAGUGGAGAAUGGAGUGGUGUGUGAAACUGCUCAAGAAACUGUGAACUCCACACGCAAGCCCAACGCCGUCCUGUCUGCCCUGGUCAUUCUGAGCGUGGUUGCCAUCAUGGGAAUCUCUGCGGUCAUCUGGUUCCUGCAACAGAAGCACCAAAUCGGCUCAAGCAUCCUCUCUGCGUUUGAGUACCACCCGCCCUUUCGAGUCUUGGACAACGACCAGACCUGCCUGGUGGAGACUGAGGAGGCCGAUAGUUCAUCAAUUUGGCAGCCUGUGCACGAAAUGGACACGUCACAGCAACUGACUCUUCUGCCUUCAUUUGCAUCGCCAUCUGCCUCCAAGUGCAGCCCAGCGGUUGGCUCCUUAUUCAGCCCUCUCAACUCUUAUGAUUUGAAUGGAGCUGUUAAUAGUUGUCUUCAUCUUAAUGGGGGGGCUAUGGCGAGUCCAGAGCUUGAGCCGUUUGCAACAGAAGAAAAUGACAAGAAAGAAAUGAACAUCCCUCAGUCUGUGAGUGGUAGCCAGAGUGGAUCUUUGUCAGAAAGUUUGGACGACAAUGACUGCAGUAGUGAUCCCGACCCCCAGGAAGAGGAAGACUUCAGUGAUACAAGUGACACCACUGACUCAGAGAAGGACUAUGGACUGACAAGAAAGCAUGUGCUUGUUUCAAUAACAGAUGCCACAACCCAAGAUCAAGACGCACGUGUCUACUCUUCGUCUCAAUUAUCUCGUCGCCCAUCGCUGCACAGUCAUUUUCAUUCACAUCCAAGCCAAAACCACACCAGUGAAUUUACUCAGGAUGCCCCUCUGCCCCUUGUCACUAAAGGACAUCCCCAAAUGGACGCACCAUCAGUACCUCGCUCCCCAGAUUCAAGUCCUAUCGACUUAAGUCCAAAUAACAAGCAGCCACCAAGUCUUUCCCCAUCUAAAUUAUUGACCUACGUCUCAGUAAAACAGACAUGCAGUCCACCUCGUAUAUAUGGACAAAAUAAAGCAGAUAAAGGUCACAUGGAAAACUCCGAUGAAUCCUUGGCAGAUGAUACUGAAGAGACAAGCAUCAGCACCUCAGAUUCUGGCAGUAGUGAAGGAGUAAGCUCUGAAUAUUCGGACUCACUAAAAGGCUGUGAUGGAUACAGGACUCAUCAAAUACUUGAAAAAUCCUCCAACCAACCCUCCGUCCUCAAUCAUUCUCUACUCAAGACCUCUUCCUGUCUGGACAGUUUCAACAGGGCCCAUCACAGCACUGCUACUUCUUCAAGCGUCCUGGGGCCAGCGCAGAGAAAAAGAGUAACGGAUGAGAAAGCUUUGCAAAUACCUUUGGAUUUUGGCUGGCAGAGAGUGACCCGAGCCCGGACAGUGGCGGGGCGUCUGCAGGGAGAGGUCUGUUAUUAUGCUCCCUGUGGAAAGAAGCUCCGACAGUAUCCUGAUGUACUAAAGUAUUUGUACCGAAACGGAAUAACUGAAAUUUCGCGAGAUAACUUCAGCUUCAGCACAAAAAUCCAACUAGGGGAGUUCUACCUUGCCAAAGAAGGGCCAGAAGGCUCACAGUGGAUGCCGUUGUCAGAGGACGACAUCGCCGCCUGCAUCAUUGCCAUGGAUGGGAGACGUCAGAAAAAAGAUCAGGGCCAAGAAAUAUUCACUGGAACACCACCUUUGUUUCAGUCACAAGAUGCUGUCAAUGCCAAUCUACUGAGAAAACUGGAGGCUCAAGAAAUUGCUCAACAAGCCAGUCAGAUGAGAAUAAAUAAAAAACUUGAGAAGCAAGCAAGAGUACAAGCAGAAAAGGAAGCAAAAAAGCAACAAGCAAUAUUGAUGGCUGAAGAGAAACGCAAAAAGAAGGAACAGCUGAAGAUUCUUAAGCAGCAAGAGAAGAUCAGGCGCAUUCAGCAAAUCCGUCUGGAAAAGGAAGUCCGUGCGCAGCAAAUUCGCGAGGCAAAAAGAAAGAAGAAAGAAGAAGCUGCAAAUGCCAAAAUAUUAAAAGCAGAAAGACAAAGUCAGGAAAGGGAAAUGAAGAGACAACAUGCACUUUUCCAGAAGCACCAGGAGCGGGAAUGGAGAAGGCAGCACCAUAUGCUACAGAAAGAGGUCGAUGCUCGGAAGAAAGCAGAGGAAAAAGAGCGGUUAAAAAACGAAAGGACCAAUGAGAAACGGGUGAACAAAGAACGAAAACUGGAGCUGAGACGACUGGAACUGCAAGAGCUGAAGAAACCUAGAGAGGACCUGUGUUUAACAGAUCACAAGCCUCUUCCAGUGCUCUCCCGUAUUCCUGGCCUGGUUCUUUCUGGGAAAACGUUCUCAGACUGCCUCAUGGUUCUACAGUUCAAGCACAGAUUUGGGAAAGUACUGAGCCUGAAAGCACUGAGUUUGUGUGAGCUUCAGGGAGGGCUCCUGAACAUGGCGGACAGCGGAGAGGCCAAAGUUCUGGAGCUGCUGGUAAACAUGGUCUCUGCUGCUGUGAGGGACCCCAGUCGACCUCACACACACAAGAUGAAAACUGCUUCAGGAGAACCUCUGUCAGACCUGAAGCUAGAUGGUGCCAAUGUAUCAGAGGCUCUAAGGAUCUACAUGGAAAGUGAUUAUGAACAAGAUUGUUGCAUGAGCUCUCUGGCCCAGAGUCUUAAGACCAAAGACUUCCGGGCUCUUCAGCCAGAGCAGAAGGCCUCCAUACUCGCCUAUCUGGUGAACAAGCUCUGCCGCUGUAAAGCUGUGGUUAGUGAAAUUGACAAAACUAUAGAUCACAUGGCCAAUUUGAGGAAAGAGAAGUGGAUCACUGAGGGAGUGCUUCGCAAACUGAGAAGCACUCAUGCCAAGAGGACCGGCAUGAAAACAGCAGAGGGCUCUCUGUGCCCUGCUCCUACGAACAAAAGAAAAAGAAAGGAAGGGUACUGCGAGGAAGAGGAAGAUGAAGACGAGAGUGAUGAAGAAGAAGAAACUGAAGAGGAGGAGGGCAGGAAAUCAGACUGUACAGCGGAAGAUAAUAAUAAUGCUGCCAGUGUGGAAGAGUUGGAAACACAAAUCAAAAAAGCAGCAAAGCAAAAGGCUGAACUCAGACAGAAGCUCCUGGAAUCCUCGUACUCCCUGCGCCCCAUGAUGCUGGGGCAGGACCGGUACAAGAGGUCCUACUGGCUUCUCCCAGAGUGUGGAGGGGUCUUUGUCGAGGGGAUGGAAACUCAUCUAGUUCUUGCUUCCAGUGCCUGUAGUCCUGAAGAUGAAGACGUGCGACAGCAGCAGUCUGGCACCCAUCGAGGGAGUGAGAUAUUGUGCGACUUGUCCAAAGAAUUGACAAGUUCAAGCCUGCCCUUUGCUGGCAGCGCUGUACCCCCCUCGAAGGAUCUGGCCUCCCAGCAUGCACAGGGUGACGAGAACACCAUCCCCUUCCAGACUGUCAGCGAGCCCCAGUCCCGCACGGCCCCCUGUGACAACUCCCCUGCUGAGGAGGUGGCCCAGCACCAGGAGCACUUCAGCCCUCUGCCCGUCCCACAGGACAUGCUAAAUGGCUGGUGGUGGAUGUCAAAUGUGGAAGAACUGCAUCAUCUGUCCAAGGCGCUUCAUUGUCGAGGCAUCAGAGAGAGGGCUCUAACCAAACAGUUACAGAAGCAUAUGGAGUACCUAGACUGGCUCUACCUUCAUAAAACAGAUGCAGUCAUCGAUGUAGCAGAGCUGCAGAAGCAAGCUGGUUUUAAGGAGAUGGUAGACCGCUGGUGUGUUCAGGAGCAGGCCAUGAAGUGGGAUAUCGAAGCGCUCAAACGGGUCGAGGCUCUGGCAGGAGUCAUUUCUGCCAGACUGCAAAUGAAGGACUGGGCUUCCCCUAAGCUCCAGGCCCAGUGUCCCAAAAGUCCUCUCGAUGUAGCUGUUAGCAGGCUGGCAGAACUGGAGAGGAAUAUUCAAUGGAGAAAAGAGGAUGAGGACGCCCCCUGGAGGCAGCAGUGGCACAAGGCUGUGGCUCAGGUCAGCAGCUCUGCUCAGCUCGUCCUGUGCAUUCAGCAGCUCCAGAAGAACAUGCCCUGGAAUCAAGUCAUGAAAGUGGAGUGUCAGGUUUGUCUCAGUGGAGAUGAUGAAGAGUCGCUUCUGCUGUGCGACAGUUGUGGUAAAGGGUUCCAUGUUUACUGUCAUGAACCCCGGGUCUCCUCCAUACCCGAGAGCAACUGGUUCUGUUCUUUAUGUUCAAGCAAGGAUGGUGUUGUUCAGCAAAUAUUCUGGUCCCAGCGGACACAGAGGCAUCCCAGUCCCACAUCUGGACGAGGGAAGCGGCCCAGUGAAGUGAAACCAAACGGUAAGCCAUCAGAGUCCGAAGAGCUCAUCAAAGAGGAAACAUCCAGCAGGAGCAGCCGCGUGCCAAGGAAAAGGAUCAAGGAAAGCAGGAAGAGGAGAGCGGACCACGCUACACCCAGCUCCCAGAGAGACCAGGACCCUGCUGUGAAGAGGGACAUCAGGAGAGAGGAGCUGGAGAUGUGCCAGCAGCUGUUAGACGAGUUAGAUUCCCACCCAAGCGCCUGGCCGUUCCUCAGACCUGUGUGCUUCAAAUCGGUCCCUGGAUACAAGAAGGUGGUCAAGAAGCCCAUGGACUUCUCCACCAUCAGACACAAGCUCAUCCAUAAGCCGUAUACAAAUGUGGAGAGCUUCAUGGACGAUGUGAACUUAGUCUUUGACAACUUGCGCAGUCUGGGGCAGCACACGGAAGAGGUGAGCGGCUGCACCUUCUCCGCGGCCCUGCUGGCCACCUGUUCCGGGGACAAGACUCUGCGUGUGUACGGCGGCUUGGAUCUGUGCGAGCUGCCGUUCUCUCCUCUGCGCGGACACGCGUACGGGGUGCACUGCUGCUGCUUUACGUCCUGCGGGACGCACCUGCUCAGCUGCUCCACAGACGGGACGGUGCUGGUGUGGAGCGCUCGCACCGGGGACAGAGUGUGCGCACUGGAACAUCCAGCCCGCAGUCCGCUGCGCGUCUGCGCCGUGGCCCCGGACUCAUCCCUGGUCCUCGCAGGGGCCAGUGAUGGGACCGUGGCGCUCUGGGAUCUUCCCAGCAGAACUCUGCGAAGGUGUCAUGCUGUGAGUGAAGCCAGUGUGGUGGCGUGCUGCUUCUCUCCAUGCAGUCAGAUGUUUGUGACGGGGAGCACCCAUGGAGACCUCCGGCUGUGGGCAGUGGACGGUAGCUCUCUGUGGGUGCACAAAGAUGCUCAUGACCUGGGGGUGACCUGCUGCUGCUUUGCGCCACAAUUUAACAUUGAUGGCUGCUGCGUGGAGUUUCGACUGGCCUCCUGCGGACAGGACAGCCAGCUGAAAAUAUGGAUAGUGUCUCAGCGUGAGGGCACAGUGCUGUCCGUGAAACUGCUCCACACCCUCACCAGCCAGACGGCCCCAGUCCUGACCUGUGCCUUCUCCUCAGACGGAGCCCUCGUAGCCUCUGGAUCUGUGGACAAAACGGUUGCCAUAUAUGACGCAAACUUUGGAACUCUUGUGCACUGCCUGAAACAGCAUGACAGAUAUGUUACUGCAGUUGCCAUGUCGCCCACAAAACCCUGCCUGGCAACCGGCUCAAUGGACCGGACCGUCAACGUGUGGAGGAUCGGAGAAGUGGACAACUCGACGGACAGGACAUUGCUCCAUGGCGCCCCCUGCGACUCCAAGAUGAAGCUGCUCAGUGAUUGGUCGGAAAAGGAGGUGCAGAGCUGGCUGUGUGAGGAGGGACUGGAGGAGCUGCUCGUCAUCUUCAAAACUAACAACGUGGACGGACACGAGCUUUAUUGCUUCAAUAAGGAAACAGCAGCCGAGAUGGGCAUUGAGUCUGUCGGUCUGCGCGGUCGUCUCUUGAGGAAAGUGGAGUCCCUGAAGGCAGCACAGAGCGGCGUAGACGGUCCAGAGGAGUUCCUCUGUCCCAUCAGCAGAGAACUGAUGAAGGACCCGGUCAUCGCUGCAGAUGGGUAUUCCUAUGAAAGAGAGUCCAUCGAGAGCUGGAUCAGAGGGAAAGCCAAAACCAGCCCCAUGACCAACCUGCCCCUGCUGACCACACUGCUCACCCCCAACAGGUCACUGAAGAUGGCCAUAGCACGAUGGAAGUCCAGUCAAUUGUGA